GAGAGGAGAGGAGAAGAGAGUGUAUGAACUCAGCAAAAACACUCAAACACUUUCUCACUCUUGAUUUUCAGUUUAUUUCUGGGUUCUUCUUGAAGAAUUAAUGGCGAAAAAGAACGAGAAAAAGGUGGAAGAGGUGGAGAAGAAGCAACAUAUGAGAAGGCCAUGCUGUGUCAAAGACAGAGUGAGAAGAGGGACUUGGACUCCUGAAGAGGACAAAAUUCUUAUUGACUUCAUAAGAGAAAAUGGGCAUGUAACUUGGCAAGAGUUACCUGAACUUGCUGGUCUGAACCGAUGUGGAAAGAGCUGUCGACUUCGUUGGACAAACUAUUUACGACCCGACAUCAAACGUGGUACCUUUAGUCUGGAGGAAGAGUAUACUAUUUCUCGUCUCCAUGCAGCAAUUGGUAGCAAAUGGUCUAUCAUAGCAGCCAACCUACCGGGAAGAACAGAUAAUGACAUAAAAAAUUACUGGAAUUCGCAUCUAAGGAGGCGCUUUGACAGUAUACAAUCCCACCAGCCGUCCUCUUCCAUAUCGGUGGGCAUGCAUUCAAAAUCUGCACCAGCUCGACACAAGGCAGAAUGGGAGUGUGUUCGACUAGAGGCUGAGGCUCGACUGCCCAAAAAUCCAGUGCUUCCCAAUCCACCAUCUAUGGCUAAUUCAGGGGGUGACUUUUUCCUCCGCAUGUGGAACUCUGAAGUUGGGAAAGCCUUUCUAAACAUUAAUGCGAGCACUAAGGAAUGCAGUGGAACAAAAACUCAGAGUCUUGUAUCUCAGAUAUCACUGACAAAAGUUGGAGACUUUGAGGUUGGGAAAUCGUUUCACAACUUCAAGGCAAGAAUUGGUGAAUGCAGUGGGACAAAAACUGGCAGCCCUGUAUCUCAGACAUCGUCAAUGACAAAAGUUGAUUCUGGUUCGUGUUCGGGAGUUACAAUGAAUGCUGUGCAUUGUAAGAACCUAGGAUCCACCGACAUGACAGGCCAACAACACAUGGGAAGUACAAGCAGUUAUAAGGAAGCAGAUGUCAUGGCAGCUUAUUCAAACUCAACAGAGACGUAUGAUUUGGAUGAUUCUGAAGCAAUGUGGAAUAUGUUACUAGAAUUCUCUGAUACUGGCAAUGAUUUGGGAUUCCUAUGAAGACUGGUAGGGGAUGUUCUAAACCAAGGAGGAUCGUGCAUUUAAAACCUAUUACCUAGUCUUCAGCUAUCGUAUUUAGUCAAGCUAAUCUCCUGGUUUUCAUCUAUUAGCUUCUUUUAACUUUUAGUUUGGGCAUUGAGAAACUUAACUACAGCUAUGAAAGCUUUGUCAUAUGUUUGGGUAAUGUUUCAUGUUAGUAGAGGAUAACUCUACAACUUUCUCUGAAUGUUUGUUUUGAAGGAAUUGGCUUAAAAAAGUAAUGCAAUUAUAUUUGAUACAUAGUACUCGAAAGCAUUACACAAUACAACAAAGUGCAAAAUUCUGUCGAGCACUAUUACCAAACAUGUAGGGAUUCGUCAUAGAAUAUGCAUUUUAGCAUUCCAAAUACUACAAAAUUCCUUCCAAACUCUUUUUUUUUUUUUUUUUUUUUUCACAAAGCCAAUAUCUACAAACAUAUACCAACAAUAUGCACA